AUGGAACGACUGGGUUUUAAAAUCUACGACGUCACCGACGUUGGGAACACGUCGUCGACUAUGCGAUGUCUCCAGAUGGCGUAUCAGGAAGAUCCUAAAGACGAUGUCUACGCCGAGGGUGUGACGUGUUAUAUGCUAGGAUGGAGAAGCUCGCUGAUCAAGAUGGCGAAAUCCAGCGCAUUCUGGAUGCUUCAACGCAUCCUCGAAAAACAAGUCGAGGACUUCCGUCUGGAAUUUGUGUGCGAAAUUUGCGCGUCGACGUCGAGCCAGCCGUUGAAAGUAGGGCCAUAUGAAGGCGCAUUGCCAGUCAAGUGUGCAUUGCGCCGAAUUCUGGACGUUGCGGCGAAAGUGGCUGAUGAAUCGAAGAAGGCAGCGCUGACGUGUAUCCAGCUCGAUGCCGUUGGAUGGGCGGGCGAACGCGACGAGUGCUUUGCAGCAGUAAAGAAAACGCUGCAACAAGUGGUGCCGUUGUCUCAUCGAUCUGCAGACAAGAUUUUUUGCUUUAUGCUGAUGCGAGUAAGACGCAUUGCGGAGAGGCAUGCACUCAUAUCCCGAAGAUUUCGGUCUUCUUGUCGAAACCGAGUGCUCGGGUGGCCGACGGUGGAGGAAGCAGUGUUUGCGAUCUUUGAAUCGGGCAAAAGACUCGAGUACCUGCUGCUCAGGCAGCAAGGAUUCCGUCUCUUCACGGACCACUGA